ACAGACACAGACACACACACACACACGUCAGUGAAAGGAGAGAGGAACGAGAAAGGAGAGAGACGGACACACUCAACACAAAGAGAGAAGAGACGGUGAGAGCAGACAGCUGACAAAAUGGCGAUGACAGAUCUGUUGAAAGCUGAGGAGAUCAAGAAAGCUCUUGAUGCCUUUGCAGCAGAAACAUUCAACCCUAAAAAGUUCUUUGAAAUGGUGGGAAUGAAGGCCAUGUCAGCUGAAAACGUCAAGAAGGUUUUCCAGGUUCUGGAUGUGGACGGUAGCGGCUUCAUAGAGGAGGAAGAGCUCAAAUUUGUACUGAAGGGCUUUUCCAAGGACGGCAGAGAUCUGACUGACGCUGAGACAAAAGCAUUCCUUGAAGCUGCCGACAAAGAUGGAGACGGCAAGAUCGGCAUUGACGAGUUUGAGGGCUUGGUGCAUGAGUAGGGGAUAGCUGAACACCCCCCUUCUUCUUCCUCCUCUUCUUCGUCCCUGCAUUCAUAUUUUGUAACUGCCACCUUUAAACUCCUCUCACCUUCGUCGGGACCCCACACAUGGAGUCAGACCAGGCCUGCUCUCUACAAAACACUACAGAGGCAGGCCGACAGGGAGUUACCAUGAGGAGGAAAAUACAGGCAUAACAGGCACCAGUUUCAUUUUUCAUUUUUUUGUAUAUAUUUAAUCACACAUGCUGUAUGAGUUUCAGAAUCAUUCUUAAUGAUUUCAUGAAGAUAGUUUGUGGUCUCAAAACAGGUGGUACUAGUGUUGUAGAUGGUGUUGAUGUUAUAAAGACUUCUUAAAUCUUAA